CUUCAGUAUGGUUAUUUCAGUUCAUCCAAAAUCGAGUCAGUCUGCGCUGAGGGCGGUCAACGUGACAUCCUACCAGGCAGAUGUACGGAUGUGUGUAUCUAAGGCCUCAUAUCGCUGAAGUCUGAUCUAUUUCUUUUCUCAUGGAGAAUCCCUGACCAGCGAUCGAGGACUUUCUAAGCAUGUUUUUACUGCCCAUAAUGGUCUUAUUCACUGUAGAAUAUGACUGGCGGAGUAUGAGUGAGGACUGUGCGACCUACCUGCCUUGAGUUGCCGACUUCCGUUGUACUAACUCCCUACGCAUUUGUUGAAAGAGUCCUCAAUUUCCCCAUAAAAUUUCUCCUAAUAACUGUCAUUCAGUGAUGGCUGACCUCCAGAACGUCCGAGAGCCUCGAAACCGCGAAAUGAAGAUACUGAUUCUUGGACUAGCCCGCACCGGCACGUCAUCUCUCACCGCCGCCCUCCAACAACUAGGAUACAGUCCCUAUGACUGGCCCGACCGAUGUAUGCUCGGUCACCUCCCUCGGUGGACCGAAGGCCUCCAAGCGAAAUACCUAAACCGUGGCCGACCACUUGAAGCCGACGAGAUGGACCAACUCACCAGUGACUUUGACGCAAUCAUCGAUACCCCCUGCUGCCUCCUUGUUGACGAGCUAAUCGUCACCUACCCCACCGCAAAGAUCAUUUUAAACUACCGCGACCCGCACAGAUGGCUCAAAUCAAUGCAAGACACCGUAUUCGCCGUUGCGAGAUGGCCAUCCUGGAGAAUCCUGGCAUACACGGAUCCACGCUACGCAGGAGCAAUCGUGCAGCAUCACAUUACUCUGUGGGAUGAGAUCUGGGGAGGAGAUGAAGGAGAGAGAUGUCGAGAGAUGUUCGUCGAGCACUACAAUUAUGUACGGAAGGUUGUGCCGCCGAGGCAACUGCUGGAGUAUCAAGUGCAGGAUGGAUGGGGACCCCUGUGUCGGUUUCUAGAGGUGGAGGAGCCCAAGGAACCAUUUCCGGUUGUUCAUACGGGGACACAGUUUAUGAGGACUGCGGUGAGGGGGUGGUGGGAUUGCGUUGGGAGGAGUAUUAGGAAUGCGGGAGCAGUAGCGGCCUGCGCAUGGAUUUUGGCAUAUGGGUUGUUCUGGAACUUGAGUCACGAGUCGAGUUGCCGAGUCGAUUGACUCUUUAGUCUUUUCCUCCAUCUUCGAUUCUCCUAC